AAGGUAUUCCAAAAGCUUGUCUUCAGGUCACACACAUAUACUGGCGGACAGCGAGGUUUGUGUGCGAACGAUGUUCAAGUGUGACACAGUGGUUCCGUUGAUCUGUGCCAUGAAGAAGAGGAAAGACAGUGUACACGUUGCUGCAGAGACCAUCAAAAAGCUAUAUGACCUCAUGAUUCCCGAGCUAGUGGUACAGGCUGUGAAUGGAGAGUUGAUCCCAUUCCUACUGAAGCUGCUUGAGGAUCCUCUGUCUGAGUGUGACAAGCCGUCAGCCACUAAAGCACUCAUAGCUGAGUCCCUCAAGAACAUGGCUAAAGACCUCGCCAAUGGAGAGAGGAUAUUAGAGAUACUGGAAAAAUCCCCUGUGUGGUCGGCGUACAAAGACCAGAAACAUGAUCUCUUUCUCACCAACACGACUGUAUCUGGUUACCUUACAGGUCCGUCUGGCAUAGCUGGUUACCUCACGGCUGGAAGCUCAUCGUCGGCUAACAAUGCAAACAGUUCUGCCCCACCCCCACUAGAGCCGCCGGAGGACACACCAGCUGGCGAUGAUGACGAUGAUGACUAGCUGUAUCUUAGGUUGUUAUAUAAUUAUAUUUGAGUUGUGAGUACAAAAACUGCUUUCUAUUUUUAAAGUCUGUAAUAAUUAAUAAUUGUAUCGUGGAUUUUGAGGUACAUGACAUAAUACAUUUUAAUUUUGAUUAUGGUAAAGAUCAUGCAGUUGAAAACUGAUAA